GGGAAGAGGUGCCUUACAGGAUAUAGACCAGAUGUCUUUAUUUAAACCUUUAUGUAAAUACUGUGCUACAAUCACAAAAGUUAGAGAUAUCGUUCCUACAUUGAAAACAGCUUUAAAUGAGGCCCAGUCUGGCACACCAGGUCCAGUUUUUGUUGAGUUUCCCAUUGAUGUAUUAUACCCAUAUGACAUAGUUUACUCACAGCUAGGUGUGAAGGAGAAUGGACCAGUAAAUUUUGUUCAACGAAUAAUUAAUUGGUACUUACGUAAUCAUAUAUCAAAUUUGUUUGCUGGAGCAUUCGAAGAGAGAGACAAAACACCAUUAAAACCUGUCAUCCCUAAAGCUUCAUCUUCACAAGUACAAAAGAGUAUUGAACUGAUAUCUAGAGCCAAGAGACCACUGAUACUUGUAGGAAGUCAAGCUACAUUACCUCCUGUGCCUGCCGAACAAUUAAGGAAAUCUUUAGAGAAAAUUGGGAUUCCUUGUUUCCUUGGAGGUAUGGCUAGGGGACUUCUAGGUCAGUACAGUCCAAUACAACCCAGACAAAAGAGAGGAGAAGCUCUGAAGGAGGCUGAUGUAGUAAUAUUGGCAGGUGCAGUUGCUGAUUUCAGACUGAGCUAUGGAAGAACCUUUAGUAGAAAAUCAAAAAUAAUAGCUGUAAAUAGAAACAAAAAUCAAUUACUCAAAAAUUCUGAUAUGUUCUGGAAGCCAACUAUAGCUAUAGAAGGGGAUGUAGCCAGCUUUAUUACAGAAUUAGCUGAUGGACUGAAGGGAUUUAAAUGUGACCAAGAAUGGAUCCAAAAACUAAAGGACAAAGAUAAUGACAAAGAAAACGUUAAUAGGGAAAAGUCUAAAGAGAAAACUGAGAAACACCUUAAUCCUUUGAAAGUGUUAAUGGAGGCAGAGGAAGUUAUGUCAGAUAACACAGUUAUGGUGGCAGACGGAGGAGAUUUUGUUUCCACAGCAGCCUACAUACUAAGACCUAGAUCCCCAUUACAUUGGCUAGAUCCAGGAGCUUUUGGAACACUUGGAGUAGGAGGAGGAUUUGCUUUAGGAGCUAAGUUAUGUCGGCCAGACUGUGAUGUAUGGAUAAUCUAUGGUGAUGGGUCGCUAGGAUACAGUAUUGCUGAGUUUGACACAUUUACCAGACACAAGAUACCAGUAAUAGCUUUAGUUGGCAAUGAUGCAGCCUGGACACAGAUAGAAAGAGAACAGUUACCAAUGUUUGGAAGUAGUGUUGCAUGUAAACUUGAUUACUUGAAUUAUGAAACCGUUUCUGUUGGUUAUGGUGGUAAAGGAUGCAGAUUAGAUCGCAGUAAUGAGGAUAAGAUUAAAGAGGUUCUUCUUCAAGCCAUAAAAGAUAGUAGGGAAGGACACAGUGUACUUAUUAAUGCUCUCAUUGGUACAACAAAUUUUAGAGAGGGCAGUCUUUCUGUGUAAUGCUGAAUUGUACAAUUUAAUGUGAACAAAUAUUAUAUUGAAGUAAAAAUAUGUUUUGCAUUCCUUAACAAUGAUCAUGAAUACUGUUAAUUACUGAAUCAUUUGUUAUUUUUUUGUUUAUUGAUUACAUUGCAUUAUGUCUUUUAUUAAACUUCCUUUUCGUAUGUUUCCUUAGAACCACUGGACAAAUACAGACAACGUUUUUUUGGAGUCAGUUUUGAUUUACCUAUAUAUGUGAUUGUAAUUAAAAGUUUUCAUUCAAAAUGCAGGAAUCACAUAAUUUAGUGAAUCGAUGUUUAAAAACUGCUGCUGUAUUUUAAAAUAUUAUUUGAAAGUACAUAGAUGUUAACUUGUAUCCAUCAAUAUGUUUUUUGUCUGACAUUUAUCAAUGAUAAUAUCUAAGUUACAAGUUAUGUCUUGUGUAUUAUUAUGUGUCUGUUUGAUUUUUCUGUUUAAGCCACGUCAGUUUAUUUUCAAUCUAAGAAUCUGAAUGCCCCCCUGGUAUCUCCUCCCUUUUUUUACAGGUUCAUGUCUGUCAUAAAAAGGUCAUAAUCAAAAAGUCAUUAGUGAAUCGGUUAACUAUUUUCGUAUUUUAUUAGUAUAAAGUUUUAUGUUGUGUAUACUACUGAUAUAUGUAGUGCUUAUUGUUUUAAGUUAUUAUACAGUUAUUCAUUUUUCUGUACUUUUGCUUUAUUUCUCAGAGUGUAAAGACUAUUUACUUUAUUUUUUAAUAUUUUUAAGUAGAUCAAACAAUUGUAAGUCUAAAGUACAGAAUUUCGGAAGAAGAUGUUAUUUGUAUGUUUACAUACAAGUCUAGAAAUUUAGUGUUGAUAAAACUGUGAUAUUUUAUAUUAUAAAUAAACCAGAUAAGUAGCAAUGAAAUUGUAAAUAUAGUCUAUGAACAAUGUA